AUGGGGCUGCUGGUCCAACCCCCGGACUUAGUGGUUUACCCAUACCCAUGGGAAGCCUCCAUCUGUCAGCUCUGCCAGUCCUGGUUUACCAGGGCUGUCGACUUCAGAGCUCAUCAUGACUCUCAACACAGCAACAAGGCUGUCCACUACCGGUGUACAAAGUGCCAAUCAAACCAUCGUAGAUGGAAUGGAGUGGCCGUCCACUACGCCAGAUGUAGAGGUCCACCUACGCCAACUGCUCCAGGCCCGGAACAUAUCUGUGUCUGCGGUAGGAGCUUCUCAAGACCUUCAGGCCUGGCCCUACAACGGAACACAUGUCAACCGUACGCCCGGAAUGCCGAGAGACUCGUUCCACCACCACCACCACUGCUGAUACGAAGUUCCACUCUAUGGUCACCAGAAGAGGACGAUAUACUCAGAAGACGCUACUGGGAGUACACUGCAAAUGGACGACGUCAGGGUUAUGCCCAGUUCAUCGCAGUGGAACUGCCAAGAAAAACGGAGAGACAAGUAAGAGAUAGGACACAUUCCCUCCGGGCUAGAGGCCUGCUGGAGCGCCCGCGGCCAGACCCUGAGAAGCAUGUAGAAGAGGAGCCUCAAGAAGAGCUACCAGUGGAAGAGGAGGUAGUGGAAGAAGACCAAGUGGAAGAAGAAGAAGAAAUUGCAGAAGAAGAUCCACGAACCGAUGUAGAACAACAACCUAAUAAUGACUUUCAACCAGGACACGACGCACAACCUGAAGAUGACGACCAACCCGAAGACGACAUCCCGGACGAAGACAACACUAAUGAAGACACACCUGUUCAAAGACAACCUGAAGUAGACCAGCCUGAAGAGAUGGAGCGUCGGACACCAGAAGCUCCUGGAGGAAGAAUCGACCAAAACCCCGUCCCAAUCGUACUGGGACUGGAUGUUUCUCCUGAAGCACCAGAGGCAGUGAUACCACCACCGUCACUAGAGCCCGAGCAAACAGUCCCGACUUCGAGUGAGUCAGAACGUUGGACAGAAGUUCUUGACAACCUAAAUGGAAUCCAACUACUCGACCCAAUCGGACUUCGACUCCGGCAACUGGCGGAACGAGAGGGCGAUAUUCAAGGGGAACUCGACGCUCUGGUAAAGGAGCUCCAUGCUGCCAUGAAGGCUGCCGCCCCAGUACCAGCCGGUCGACCUGCCAACGUCAGAGGGACUAGACCUUCAAGAACCGAGAGGACGCGUCGGAACGUCACCCGCUACGCCAAGACCCAAGAUCUUUGGAAGAAGAAUCCAUCUCGCCUGGCCGACCUGGUCAUCAAGAAUAACCUAGGUGAUCUGGCUCAACAAGGGCCAAGGAUCGACCCUCCAAAGGAAGAAACUGUCGCCCUCUUCAAAGGACUCUGGGGCACGGCUUGUGAUUCCACGCUACCACUCCCUCAUCUCGACCCUCAGCCUGACGCCAUUGUUGAACCUAUCUCCAGUAUUGAAGUGACGAAGAGAAUAAGGAGACUCAAACCUGGUGGGGCCCGGGACUGGACGGUGUAA